AUGACUAGUUAUUUAGAUGUUGCUACCUCAAAAAUGGGAAAUGAACGAUCGGAUAAUAAUGUAUUCAGAGAAAGUACUGAUAGUACUUCAGUUGAUGCUAGUAUAAUUUAUAAUUGUACAAUAAAUUGUUCAGUAGAAACUCAAAUCAAUGAAAAAUUAUUAACAGCAUCAAAUGAAUUAUAUAUUCCAGCACGAACAUUAUAUUAUGAAAUUUAUCAAUUAAAAUUAACAGUCACUAUAGUUAGAUUAUCUCGUUUAGACAAUUCAUCAUAUGCUUAUGUGAAAAUAAUUCGAUCAAAUAUCACAGCAACUCUCGUUAAAUUAGGAACAUCAUUGAUUACAUACGGUGCUUGUAUAAUUCGUAUUCCAUCAUAA